CCGGCCGGGAACCUUGCUUUUCCUUCUUUUUUUCUUUCUUGUUCAUCGUUCAUAUAUUCCUUAGAGACUCCGUCUCCCCCGACUUCACGAUGUUCACCGUCGCGCGCCGAAGAAUCCUAGAUGGACUGAACCGGAGGUACAUCUACGGUCGCUUGCCCCUCCUUCAUACAAUCAUCUUUUUAAUCGAAAUGGCGGCGGCUAUGCGGCUCGCCGCCAAAUUUAACUCCUACUAUGCGGAGAAGCCGGUAUUGACUACCAUGGUGACCAACGCGAUCCUCGGUGGCAUUGCGGACACUACUGCACAACUUAUCACGGCCUUUAGAUCUCGCCCCAGCAGUGGCCGUACUGACGGCAGCGACUUCAUCUCCAUCGAAAUUCAUGACCUGGACAAGGAAAAGCCCCCGGCGCUUGGAGAGCUUGGCCUCUCGAGACAUGCGCCGCAGCCUUUCGACUUCGAGCGCCUAACUCGUUUCAUGUCCUAUGGUUUCUUCAUGGCCCCGGUUCAAUUCCAAUGGUUUGGUUUCUUGUCCAGAGCCUUCCCACUCACCAAGAAAAACCCGACUCUCCCGGCUUUGAAGCGGGUCGCCGUUGAUCAGUUCAUCUUUGCCCCUUUCGGUCUGGUGUGCUUUUUCACCUUCAUGACGAUCGCCGAGGGUGGCGGAAGAAGAGCUUUGGGACGCAAGUUCCGCGACGUCUACCUGCCGACUCUGAAGGCCAACUUCGUCCUCUGGCCUGCAGUUCAGAUUCUGAACUUCCGCGUUGUGCCAAUCCAGUUCCAGAUCCCCUUUGUAUCCACCAUCGGUAUUGCCUGGACUGCGUACCUGUCCUUGACCAACUCGUCGGAAGAAGAGUAAUUCAAGACGCAUGGCCGCCUUUCUGCGCUUGAUUCCCCUCUUUGGCAGUCUUCGAUUCCUGGUAUUUUCUUGUGUUCUUCUAUGUUUCUGCUCACUCGGCGUUGGAAGUGACCACGGGGCGGGGUGUUCUGAUCGGGUUCCUAUGGACGGUGUACAGGUUUAUCCACCGUUGUCGACCAUGUUUCAACAGGCGUUUUCUUCAGGCUUUCGCUAUACAGGACAGAGAGAAAAGAAAAAAGAGUAUCAUUAUGCAAGGCGGACAGCACCGGGGGUGCAGAGGAUAGAACACCGAAGGCCCGAGGUCCUCAGGCCACCCACCUCGUAAGGUAUAAGG